GUUUCCGUCGUUUCUUCCCCCUUUUGCAAACUCUAGUUCGGAAAUUGACUGAUCAAUUUUUCGAUCAGCGGUCAAUUCUGACGUGUUCCGUGACUCCUAGUUUUCACGUCGUAAAUGAAAGUGUCGCAGCAUUGUGUGUACCGUGUGCGUGAUACGGGCCUCAGUCUUCGUUCUUUUUUAGUGAAAUCAAUUUUAUAGUUUGAAAUCUGGUUGCGUUAGGUUAGAGAGACAUUGACCGAUCGAAAAAAAGUGUCAUUCGGAGGAGUUUAUCGUAAACAGGAAAAGUGUCGAAAGGGGUAAAAGGGGAAUGUGAGAAAAAAAAUUCAACAAGCUUUGCAAAGUCGUGUCUCCGCCUGUGUGUACCAACCGGAGCUGUCAUAAAUGUACACAUUCUAUAUAGAUUGCACGAUCUAUGCUCGGUUAGUGGGCCGAUUUACCGAAGACAAGUGAUCGUAUCUGACGCGCGGCAGUGAAUUGACAUUAAUCAUCGUCGCGCGGUGUUGUGCACCCAUCGACCGUCUUAGUGCCGCAUUCUUGUUCGACGGCGAGAAUCCUCACGCAGCAGGUGAUCAUGGCUAAUCGGGGUACAGCCCAGAGGCCAAACGGUUCAACGCAAGGGAAGAUUUGUCAGUUUAAGUUGGUGCUACUAGGAGAAUCUGCAGUGGGGAAAUCCAGUCUUGUUUUGAGGUUUGUUAAAGGACAGUUCCAUGAGUAUCAAGAAAGUACUAUCGGAGCUGCAUUUUUAACACAAACUGUAUGUCUGGAUGACACGACUGUAAAAUUUGAAAUCUGGGAUACAGCUGGACAGGAACGUUACCAUAGUCUUGCACCCAUGUAUUAUCGUGGUGCACAAGCAGCUAUUGUUGUAUACGAUAUAACAAAUCAGGACACAUUUAUACGCGCCCAAACGUGGGUUAAAGAAUUACAACGGCAAGCCAGUCCAAGUAUAGUUAUAGCAUUAGCUGGAAAUAAAGCGGAUCUUUCACAGAAGAGAGUGGUAGAAUUCGAAGAAGCUCAAACAUACGCGGAUGAAAAUGGCCUUCUUUUCAUGGAAACUUCAGCUAAAACGGCGAUGAACGUUAAUGAUAUAUUUUUGGCAAUUGCUAAAAAGCUUCCAAAGAAUGAACAAUCAGGGAGUGCAAGUACAAGUGGUCAGGGUCGUCGGUUAGUUGAGACAGAAGGACAAAAGGCAGCAACUGGUAAUUGUUGCAAGUGAUUAUCCAAAUCUAUUUGUACCAUAAUCAAGAAAUAUAAAUACACCAUGAGUGUGUCUACAAUGAAUUUGAGUGGAAUAUAAAACGAUGGAAAAAUGCCACUAUAAUGGAAUGGGAGGUGAACUGUGCAGGACGAACAUUUUUCCUGAGUGAUUAAUGACGAAAAAUGCGUGUAUCACAUUACAUUCGACGAUAUAUCAUCUAUUUUGAGUAUCAGAUCUAACGAAAAAGUGGAAAAUGAGAAACACAGGGACAGAUGGUAAAGCUCCCAUUUGUAAUUCUAAUAGUAAUGGGUGGUGUUCGUUAUAAAUAAAUAAAUAAAUAAAUAAAUAUAUAAAUAUAUAUAUAUAAAUCAUAUAUAAUAAAUAUGAUUUAUGUAAUAAGUAAAUAAUGUUAAUGAUAAUAAGAAACAAUGAUAAUAUUAAUGGUAACAUUGAUAAAUAAUAAUAAUAUUAAUAUUAGUUAUAAUAAUAUACAUUUAAAACAUACAAUGUAUGAUGAAUUUUUGGCACGCAAAAACCUCUUGUAAGAUAGUAGGCCAUACCUGCUGCUAUGAAUUACCUAUGUAUUUACUUUCUUAGUUUGUAAACAAUGUAUAACAAAUUUUUGCUCUAAAAUAUAUUGUAUAUUAAUUUUA